UAAUCCAGUUUGUCAUUGAUUAAUUGAUGGGACAGUCAAGAUUGUCAUUAUUUUUAUUUUGUAUUUAAAUACAGCAGUAUUGUUUGUAGUUAUCUUUCAAUAUACUUGUAGUUUUGUGUUUUUGUUGUUCUAAAAGUGUGUGGUGUGGGGUGUGGGGUGUGGGUGACAAACACUACCUAGACUUAAGACUAGUGUGUUGUGUUCACGUGUGAUGAAGGGUUCCACCUGAGUAGGAUGUGGCAGGCUUGCCAUGGGGUCUCGAAGGGCGAGCUACUAUGAGCAGAGGUUCGGGACCGCCAGACCUCGCCCACCACGAUUUAUUAGUAACUACACGAAGUUCUUAAAGAAUCUCCAUGCCGAGCAGAUAUCGAAGCUGCACGCGAAGAAUCAGCAUGAGUGCGAUCUGCUGGAGGAUUUGCGCUCCUACACCAUCAAGCGAUCCGCCAUCGAGAAGUCAUACUCCGAGGCUUUACUGAAGAUAUCGUCUGCGUACCUGAACAAAAAGAUUCCCAACAUUCCAGACAUCAAGGUGGACGGGGCAGAGGAGAAAUGGAACAUGUGGAACGUGUGGCGCACGGUUCUGGAGGAGAACGAGAAGCUGGCCCGAGCGCGCCUCGCCGCCGUCGAGGUGUUCCAGCAACAGAUCGCCGACGAGGCCAAGACCCUGCGCCAGCACAAGAUCAACGUCGCCAAGAAGUUGACAGACCACCUGGCGCAGGCGCACAAGGAGUUACAGCUGACGGUGCAGGACGUCGACAAGACUAAGAAGCAGUACUUCGACGAGGAGCACACGGCGCACGACGUGCGUGACAAGGCCAAGGACAUCGAGGAGAAACUGAAGAAGAAGAAGGGUUCGUUCUUCCAGUCCAUAACCUCGCUGCAGAAGAACAGCGCCAAGGUCUCCUCCCGGCGCGACCAGCUCGAGGAGAAGUCUACCGGUGCCAGGAACGACUACCUGCUUAGUAUUGCCGCUGCUAAUGCUCAUCAGAACCGCUACUUCCUGGUGGAACUCCAGAGCUGCAUGCAAGGCAUGGAGUCUUCAGUCUACGACAAGGUCGCCGAGUAUCUGACUCUGAUGGGUCGCACCGAGCUGCUGACCUGCUCGGCCACGCAGCACUCCUUCGGCAAGAUCCGGGACCAGGCGCAGCAGUUGACCAGGGAGUACAACCUGCAGUGCGUCUACUUGUACUACCCGGUGUUGAAGCAGCACAUUCAGUAUGAGUUUGAGCCAUGCGACAACGAUCCAGUAGAUGUGGUGACCAUGGAACACGAGGCAGUCAUCCAGACUCUGGCGCAGGAAGCUCGCCGCUGGGCCACGAGAGUUGUCCGAGAGACUGCGCUGGUCAAAGAGGCCACUAGGAAGAUGCACCUAUACCAAGCUAUGAGAGAUGCUGGACAGAAGGUGGAUCCGCAAGAUCAAACCGGGCCGGAUCUAGAGACUCGUAUUGACGAACUUCGUGCUAACAUCAGGCGUUCUGAGAUAUCGAAAGCCAAGUAUGAGGCACGUCUGGAGUGCCUGCGAGCUGGGGCGGCUCCUGUCGAUGAGUGGCUGAAGGAACUGGAGCUGUUGUCUGUGGUCGAGACCUUGCCGCGAAGCAGCUCGCUGCUUAGCGUCAGGACUGACGCGUCUAAUGCUGAUCAGCCAAGCUCUGACUCAUUCUAUGACAGUGACAAUACAGAAAAUGAGGCUCCGGCCACCACUUCCGGCCAUCAGCGAACUACUUCUGGAACUUCUCAUGACGAUGAUCAUGAUGACGAUGUCGAUGCGGCCUUGGAAGAAGAGCGUAAGCGCAUGGAGCAGCUGACUGCCAGUGGAUGGGACGACCCCUCAGCCAGCUGGACCAAUACCGAGGGCGGGGAGGCCGGCGCCGAGGCUCCUGAGGCCCCCGCACCAGCCCUCUACAGCGUCACCGCUAUUUACUCAUACACAGCCCAAAAUCCUGACGAGUUGUCGAUAAUCGAACAUGAACAGCUAGAGGUGGUGGGUGAGGGCGAUGGAGACGGGUGGCUUCGAGCCAGGAACUACCGUGGAGAAGAAGGGUUCGUGCCGCACAACUAUCUUGAAGUUGAACGAGAACAGGCUUCCGGCGCAAACGCAAGCGGACUUGUCUCCCAAAUAUCUUUCUCUUCAGUAGACUACACAGUAGAGGGAGAAGACGCUGAUGUGGUGCAAUCACCAGAUCAAAUCUCAGUGAUUUCAGCUCCUGUGGCCAAACCAGAAGAGAAAGCCGAGGAAACACAAGAGGAGGAAAAGAAACGUCAGGAAGAUUUAGACCUGCCUACUAUUGGGUAUUGUUUUGCUUUGUACGACUACGAUUCCGAGGGUGGUGAUGAACUCAACCUUGAAGAAGGACAGAUAAUCCGUAUCGUAUCACGCAACGCUCACGGUGUGGAUGACGGCUGGUGGCGUGGAGAGAGCCUGGGGGUCGUCGGCAACUUCCCUUCCCUCAUCGUUGAGGAAUGUGACGAGAAUGGAGAACCACUAAGCUCUGGGGACGGUGGCAACUGGUCACCACCAGAAUCUGCACCUCCAGUCUUCGCUUCACCCCCCGGAUCCCCCCCUACUACUAACGCUGAUGAUGAAAUGCUAGUCGAGAACAACAACAGUAAGCCGCCUGAAGUGGCGCCGCCGCCGCCGCCUCCGGACAGCGGCAGUCCUCUCAACGACCCCGACGAAGACUCCUUCAGCCUGGAGCUCAGCCGGCCGCAGCAGCAGCACUACGGAACCCAGUUCUCGCACCCCCCCGUCGCUAUAUUCGUUGAUGAGGUUAUCGGUGAUAAUUUUGAAGAAGAGGAGGAGGAGAGUGCGCCAGCGCCGGCCGCGGCUGAGGCAGACGACGGCGGGCUGGGUGUGGCGCAGAUCGUGAUCACCGCCGCCACGCCCGUCAUGGAGGAGCCGGAACAGCCGUUCCCUCCCCCCGAGCCCGAGCCCGAGCCCGAGGACGACGAGUCCUCGCUGUCGGAACAAACCGCGGUCUGCAUCCGCGAGGCCAAGGACUCGCCCGUGCCGGCCAGCUCGACGUCCGAGGGCGAAUCCACGGGCGCGUCCGGCCCGCCCACGGCGCCGCAGUCGCCGCCCGCCGCGCCGCAGUCCCCGCCCGCCCCGCAGUCCCCGCCCGCCCCGCGCGCCGGCCGCGCCUCCAUCCCCGACGAGCUGGAACCCGACCAGCUCGCCAGGCUCACCGACCUCAAGGAAUCCAACGCCUAAGCCAACUCAAGGAUCCAUGCGUUUAGAGUAUAAUGUAACUGAUUGUGCAAGGUUUAGUCUUGUUGUUUAACCACAGUAGGGUACCUAUUCACAUUAUGUGCAACUGAACUACGUUUCUUUAACGAAACCUACUUCUUCUUUUACAGACCGUUUCUCACUGAGCGAAUUUCUCUGUUGAUAAUUUCCUAGUUUAUUUCUAUUUAGCAACUGCAAAAUUAUGCGAAUGUACUAUAUCCCUACCCAAUUUCCGCAUCGCGAAUCUUUCUUGCGAUACCUUUUUAAGUGUUUCGUUGUUCAGCAUCUCUUACUCCAAAUUCAAUAAGCUAUAUUUUUGAUAUAUAACUAAGUAUGACUCAAAUGAAGUGGAUUUAGAUGACAUGUUAACAUCAAGAUUGUUCUAAAAUUACGAGAAGCGGUCUUAGGUAUUGGUAGUAAUGUUUAACUGUAUAUAAUGAAUAUAUCUCAUAUAACUAAUUAAAUCUAAAGCACUUAGCGUACCUGCUGGCCUGUAGACUGAGAUGUGUAAGUGAACCGAUAGCUGCUAAUUCAUACUCAGCCAUAGACCGUCAUUUCUCAUCAGCAGUGCGAUCACCAGUGUUGUCGACUUGAGUCGAUAGGAAAGUCACUAGAAUUUGUUGUGUGUUAGCAGCUAUUCGGUGACGUAGUUAUGGGUGUAUCUUAGUGGGGACGGGAAACUGUGGGUAGGUGGGUUUUCGCGGGCGUGAUGACAUUGGCAUGAUCCGGGCAAGCGGCCUCUGGAGUCUGGAGGAUAUUAACGCCACUUCUUUAGUGACAAUCAUGCUCAAAGAUCAUGGUAAUGUCGAGCCUUAAGCGCUAGUUACACCGCCAUCUAGCGAGCGAGCGGGCUAGCGGGAACAUCGUUUCAGGUUAGUCGGUAGCUUACGGUGCCAACCGAAGCAGGAGCAGGAGUGAAACUAUGUUCUCCCUUUCCUUGCUCGCGCAAAAUACCUGGUAAGGACGUAUACAGAAAGAAAGCUGGUUACCAGCGCGGAUGGCUCCAUCUUUGGAUGAUUUCCCGUAAUAAUUUGCACUGGUUUGGUAUAAGUAUGAAGCUGAAAGAUUGGUGCUGGUAUAUAGCCAGCAUUCUUCGUGUAUACGGUCUAAUAGCAUCCUACCUAUUUAUGUAAUAGUUUUGUACGUUUAAUAAUGGUUUUAAAAGGGCUCAAUUCCCGCCGUCACAAGGACGCAAUUAUGAAAGUAGUUCUAAGACAGAUACAGGGUGUUACCUCCUUCUCAAAAUUCUCUCGCUUCAUAAGCUGAACAACUGUGUGUAAACCUUUUCAGACCGAUCUAUGAUUUCGAUCCUUUCUUAUUACAGAUUAAAUAUUAUAUUAGUUAACACAUUUCAAUGUUGUUGUUUAAUCAAAUCGGUGUAUGUUGAUGUAGUCAAUGUUUCAGUAGGCCAGAUGUUACAGUUUAAUAGAUUGUGUUACUU